UGAUGCGCCUACGUAAUAAUUGUAACCAACCACUUUUACAUUUUAUUUUUUAUUUUGCAUGUCCAAUAAAGCGAGUAGAUAGACAAUAAAUAUUUCAUGACAUUUAUCCUGCAGCCUAAAUGUGAAUGGCUUACGAUUAAAUGAGUUAAACAGAAAUAGUGUUUCAAUAUAAGGAAAUAAUCGAAAAAUGGAGAAAAUUCGACUUAUGCUUUCCAAGAAUUGCGCCGGGCAGCGGUUUCGGUUGAGGAGCAGCGAGUAUUCAUUCAUUACAAAACAGCACAGCCAAAAAGCGCAACACCCCAACGGCCUAGCUACGUCACGCUGCGCAACACUGCGACUGUCCCUGACUAUUUACGUUCGGGGAGCCUCAGUUAAACUCAAUGGAGCUUUAUUUUGAAUUCGUAAGAACUUUUCGAACAACACUGAAUGUGCAGCUACAAUCUUCGAGAGAUUAAACGAAGAGUGCGGUAUCACUUAUCAAUUAUUUAAGGUAUUAAAAUGUCGACGGAAAGUAUUGUUAACCGCAGUGAAUUUGAAGAAAAAUUAAAUGAAUUUUUGGAAAAGAGGAAAGAGAGCAAUAGGGCCAGGUGGACGAGGCAGAGGUUACAAAAUGCAAAGGAUGUUUUAUUAAGGGGUGAAGCUGCUAAGAGUAAUGGAGAGAAAGUACCGAAUUCUUAUUAUUAUCUAAUACAAAAGUAUGAACUUUUAAGAAUCGGGAAAGAAAUACAUGUAAUAAAACGGAGAAAUGAGAAGAAUCAAUCUUUUAUUUACAUGGUGGCCCUAGAAGAUUAUUAUGAAAAACUGUUGGAGGCUCACCUUCAAACCAGCCAUGGAGGUAGAGAUAAGAUCAUGUAUUACCUUAAAGACAAGUGUGAAGUUUUAAAAGAAGCGUGCGUACUGUUUGUAUCAUGCUGUCAAAUUUGCAACCGUAAAAGAGUUACUCCUAAGCGUCUAGCUCCUUCUAAGGGUGCAGUUAAUUAUAAGCCCACAUGCGGAUUUAAUAUCCAAGGUCAAGUUGACAUGAUCGAUUUCCUAUCCUCUCAUGAUGGAGAAUAUAAGUGGCUGUUAAAGUAUCAAGAUCUCGGGACGAAAUUUAUCCAUUUGCGUCCUCUUACGACGAAUCAAGCCGCCAGCGUUGCAAAGGAGCUCUCGACCAUUUUUUUUACUUGGGGUGCUCCAAGAAUUCUUCAAAGCCAGAAUGGUUCGAAAUUCGUGACGGCUGUUCUACAAGAACUGAUCUCUCUUUGGCCCCAAUUUGAAUCUGUUCAGGGAUGCCCAGAAGAUGUACUUAAAGCCAGCUUGGAAAAGUCAAAUGCAGAUAUUCAGAACAUGUUGAACACAUGGAUGAUUGAUAAUAAUUCGACCAAUUGGAGUCGUGGUUGCUACGAAGUUCAGUGGCAAAAAAAUACUUCCAAGCACAUAGUAACGGAUAAAAUUCCUUACGAAGCUGUAUUCGGACCAGCAAAAAUUAGCUUUAAAGGUGCAACGUUCCCCGAACAAAAUUUAAACGGUAUUGUAAAGCAAGAAGUCUUGGAGACAGCUCUUGAUGAACAGCAUGUUUGUUCAAUUAAUUCUGAAAGUGAUGCUGAGUCUAACAAAACAAAGAGGAAAAAAACAGAUCUUCCCGAUCCCAUAGAUUUCGUAUCACUUGAAAAUGCAACAUCAAAUACACAGGAACAAAAUGCGCAAUCGGAGGUGCAGCAGACUUCUGCAUCAUCAGAUGAACAGCAGCAAAAUACACAAUUGGAUGCGCAGAAUUCACUUUCUCUGGAUAUAUGUGGAGUUCAAGAUGAUACGCAACCUCCUGAGUAUCCAUCAAAGGAGGAGGUAGUCCACUUGACUCACAUCAUAAUCAAGUGUGAACCUCCCGAAUAUGACGCAGCUGAUCAAAUGGAACACUUUGUAGAAGAACAGAGCAGGGAACUGUUGACGAGAAAAAAUUUGCCUGUCAAGUGUGAAACAUGUGGUGAAGUAUUUAGCUCAGUAUCUGGACUUAGUACUCAUAUGAGGUCUCACACGGGAGCAAAACCUUUCGAGUGCGACAUUUGCAAUAAAAAACUCACAAACGAUCAAGCAGCGAAAACGCACAUAAACGAUCAUAUGGGAAAGGAUCAGCGUUUCAAAUGUCCCAUGUGUCCAAGAGAUUUUAAGAGAUAUAACUUUUUAAGGAGUCAUGUACAAAACCAUCCAAAAAAUGACCUUUAUAGAUGUAGAAUUUGUAAGGAGAGUUUUGCAACAAAAGGUAUUUUACAAUCACACAUGAUCACCCACCAAGAGAAGAAAUUUUUUUCUUGUGACAUUUGUAAGAGACCUUUCAUGUUGCUGUGGCAACUAAAUAAGCAUAAAAAGAUUCACUUGGCCGAAAAACCCUACGCCUGUGAUACCUGCGGAAAACGGUUUUUGACGCCAUAUCAUCUGAAUAUUCAUGUACGAUACCACACGGGAGAAAAGCCUUUCGAGUGCAAUAUUUGUAAGAAAAGGUUCACCAUUAAGAGAACUUUAAAAAGACACAAAAUAAGUCACGAGGAAAGACAAUGUGAUGUUUGCAAGAAAGUUUUUACAUCAAAAAAUGCUUUACGGUCGCACAAUAAUAAGUUCCACUCGGAUAAGCGUACCUACCAGUGUGAUACAUGUGGAAACACAUAUCUUGGAAGAGCUGGUAUUAUAGGUCAUCUACGCCUUCACACUGGAGAACAUCCUUUCGAGUGCGAUAUUUGUAAGCAAAAAUUCAGAUACAAAUCGACUUUAAACACCCAUAAAAAGAAUCAUAUUGAAAAUUACAAGUGCCCAGCAGAUGGAAUGGAUUGCGAGCAAGCGGCUUUUGAAACUGUCAAUGUAAAGGUAGAAAACGACAAUAAUCAUUCUUCAGCAGAUGUAGAAGAUGGAAUGGUCAGUAUUCCGAAAACAAUAUUUAAGACUGAUGUGCAAGAGAAGGAAACGUGUGAUCCGCUUAAUUUUAAUCAAGAAGCAGAAAUUAAAGAUAUUAAGACAGAAAUGGAAGAGGCGAUAAAUUAAAUGCGUGAGAUUUUACUUCAUCAGCAAUGAUGCUUGCAAUUGUGCUAACAUUUUACUACAUACAUUUUAUGGAUUUUAUUAUAUAGCGAAAUUUUAAUAUUUUUUAUUUCUUAAAUUCCCUUUACUUGCAUUGUAUGAGCUUCAUUACCGAUGCUCUAAUGAAAUGAUUCUUAAAUCUUGUAAAAUUCAAGUAGAUUAAGUUGUGUAUUUGUGUGAUUUUUAACUUUUAAACUGUAUUAUAUCUAGCCAAUUAAAUAUAUGUAUUGUUUACACUCAUUUAAUGUAAAAAAUA